AUGGUCUUGAAGUUGGAACUCAAUGUGAAUUCCGCUGAGGAUCUUCCAGAUGUAAGGAGUUGGUCCUUCCUGGAAAUGAAAGUAUUUGGGGAAGUUUCCAUCGACGGAGAACCACAAGUGACGAAGACUCCAGUUGAUUAUGUUGGAGGUAUCAACCCGAGGUGGAACAUGAAGACUCCGUUCAUCCUGUCGGAGGAAUCCGUCAAGGGGGAUCACAUGCUUGUCAUCCGACUCCUCUGCGAGAGGUCAUUCCGGCGCCCUAAGUACGUCGGCGAAGUGAAGUUGCCGUUGAAACAACUCUUCGAGAAGAGACAAGCUCAUCCUGUUUGUGAAGAAUUUCGCUUGACUAGGGUUGAGGAAGAUGAUGUUGUUCAUAAUUUUGGUGUACUCAAAAUGUCGUACUGCUUCUAUGAAUCAGUUAAGACCUCCAAAGCAGAGGUCAUCUGGAGAGUACUUUUGCCAGUUGCCGGAAUUGCUCUCGGUACAGUCGCAGAGGUCAUCGUUCCAGAUCUUUUGAAGCUGGAGAUGAUGAUUGAGGCUUGCUGGGUCUUUAUCACAAAUCAAAUGAUUGUGUUUGCAUAUGAGGAGUUGCUAAUGAAUAUAUUGAUGGUGGAGUCGAAUGCUAAGGGGUUGGAGGUGGUUUUGGCGUUUGCUAGUGGUUGUGUGGCAGUCUUUGGCACUAAGAUUCUCGCCGGAGGUGGUGCAUGUAGUUUAUUUGGAAGAGGUGAGGAAUUUAGAAGUGUGAGAACAGAGUGGAGGAUAAGAUCGGUGGAGGUGGGGAUUUGGAGUAGGUGGUAG